AUGACGACCGCAGAAGGAGCAAAGAAGAUCAUCGCAGAGGUUUCCAAUCAUGACCUUGAUCAGUUAGUGCGCACGGGUUCCUUCACGGUGCAAGUUGAAGAGUCCGUCCGUGGCCAUAUUCACCAGGAGCUGACUAGUUGGCUCUUCUUCCGUAAAUUGGCUGCUGAUUGUACCCGAAGCAACAUCUCCCUGCAUGGAUUUGCACGACUCUGGGAACGAUCAGCAGCCGAGUGCUUGGCAGAUUUCAAGUGGCUGGAGAAAUACCUCGUGUCACGUGGUGGACGCUCGAAACCCACCGCCAUUGAAGCGACCACAUUCGAGUGGCCCGAUAAUCCCAUCGAGCCAGUCGGUCCCUGUAAAGAAGCACUUCUCGUGGAGAAGAAUCUGUUAGAAGAUCUGCAACGGCUUUGCUCGUUAGCCGACAAAGCAGGCGAUAUUGCAUUGACAGAUGCUAUUCAAAGCAGAUUUAUUCGCAAGGAGACAAGGCACGUUAAAAGCCUCGCAGACCUUCUACGGCAGGUAGUUCGAGUUUCCAAGCAGCCUGGCGUUGGUCUCUACCAUCUCGACCGGGAACUGCGUGAGUCCGAUGGCAUUAUUCCGUGGGAUAGAGCCAAUGAUAGUUGUGAACAGCACGAUGACACAGAAGAAGUUUAA